GACUGGUUAUAUGUGUAUAAACUUGCCGUGUUGCAAUGGCGGAGAAGCGCUACCGUUUUCCACAACGAAAAGGGUUGUCGGGACUUUUCAGAAAAUAUUCGUCGUUAUUUUAUGCCUUCACCGCUUGGAAUGUUGUUGGUUAUGUAAUAUAUAAAAGUAUUGACAAUUAUAAAAGCAGAACAGACGACUCGUGGGAUGAGAAAAACUCGACGGAAAAAUACCUGAGUCAGCUAAAUUUUGGUGUAGACCGAUCUAAUAUGGAGAGAAUAAAGAUUAAAGGUUUUACUAUUCAAAGUCGACAGACUGAAGGAAAGGAAAAGAGUGAAGAAUUAUAAUUUAUUAUAGCUGACUUGUUAGUUUUACUACAGAUGUGUGAUGAAUGGUUGAAAUAUAGUUCAUUGAUGAAAUACAAAUGUGUGAUUGGUUGAAAUACAGUACAUUGAUGAAACAUGAAUGUGUGAUUGGUUGAAAUAUACUUCAUUGAUGAAACAUGACUGUGUGAUUGGUUGAAUUGAUGAAAUAUGAAUGGUUGUGUUAUUCCUGGAACACCAAUAGCGGUCGAUUCGUGGAAGAUCCGAGAAUGUGGCGAAGCAAAACUUUUUUUCUUGACACAUCUCCAUGGAGAUCAUGUUGUGGGACUUACAUCUUCAUGGAACAAACCAAUAUACUGUUCGGAAAUAACGUCCAAGAUUCUCACCAGUCGCUACGAAAUAAAACCCGAUCUCGUCAAUUCUUUAUCUGAAAAUGAAAGUCAUCUAAUUCCUAUUAAUACAAGUUGUGAUGAUCAGGAAUAUGUGACCGUGACAGUCGUUGAUGCGAAACAUUGUCCCGGAGCAGUAAUGUUCUUAUUUGAAGGACAUUUUGGUAAAAUUCUCCACACGGGUGACUUUCGAUUCAGUGAGUCGAUGAUUGAGGAUUCCCUGUUAAAGAAUCAUCUUGGAUCCAUCGAUGUUUUGUAUCUCGAUAAUACAUAUUGUCAUCCUAGCUGCGUGUUUCCGUCCAGAGAUCAAGUUACGCAAUCAAUUAUAGCCUUAGUAAACACUUAUAAAGAUUAUGACGUGGUGUUUGGUUUGAGGAAUCUUGGGAAAGAAGAAAUGCUGGUUAAAGUUGCUCUCGCUUGUAAGGAAUGGAUCUCUAUACCGUCUUCCAUGAUGGAGGUUGCCAGGAUUUUAAAUCUCCCAGAUGUGUUUGUAGUUUCUGAUAAUCCAAUGUCGUGUCGAUUGCGUGUGCUUCCAUUCACAUCCAUAUCCGCAAAGUUUGUAGCCAAGAUGAAUUUAACGAAGCCAACUAUAGCCAUUUUACCCACUGCUCUGUAUACGGGGUUAAAUGUGAACGUAGAACCGUUUGGUAAAAGUGAACAUGUAUUUGUAGUUCCAUAUUCUGAUCAUAGUUCCUACGCAGAACUCCUUCAAUUUGUUUCAUGCGUUAAACCAUCAAGAGUUGUGCCAAUUGUAAGAUCAGACACACAUGGUCCCUAUGGUGCCGAUUUUAGCGCCAGGGCAGAUAUGAGCUGCUUUGACCAUCUGCUUAAAAUCAAAUCUACACCAGAGAGAGCGACGAAAUACAGAAAACUGCAAAAUGGCUCCAAGGCUAAAAUAAGAUUAUUCAAAGAGAAUGAUGGUUUUGAUAUCCGGACAGAUCAUAAAUCAAAGACUAAAAGAUUUAAGAGAAUUGUGCGCAGGGGACUAUCUAAAGUUUCGAGGAAAGGGGUUACAUACGAUUCUGACGUUAGUGAGGUGGCUGAAAAAUCCAAUUCACCACCCGGCCAUUUUGGAGAUAGAGAAACGGAAAGAGACUCAAAUCAAAAAUCCAAUGGAGAAAUUCCUAAAUCUGAUAGUCAUCUUGCAGAAAUAAACACUAACGACAAUGUUUCUUGCGAGACCACACAGGAAAUUUCUCCUGGCCAUUUCGUAGAUAAAACUACCCAAAACAUGAAUCAAAAAUCCCUAGGAGAAAUUCUGAAACCUGAUGAUCAUGUUCUAGAAUUAAACACCAAAGAUGAUUGUUUUUCUCUGACAACAAAAGAAAGUUUAGGCACAAAUUCAGUGAAUGACACAAACCAUGUUUGUCAUGUAGAAAUAAACACUAAGAAUAAUGUUUUUUGCCAGACAACACGUGAAAGUUUAGCCACAAAUUCAGUUAAGGAUGUAGAAAACGAUCAAAUCAAAGAAAUAGACAAUGAACAUACAAAUUUCCAAUCAGAAAAACAAAGAUCUUAUAUUUCUGACAAUGAGGUUGAUUUUCAACCUAUUAAAAGGAAUUUAUCGAAAUGUUCUGAACCAAAUGUUGUAAUUAGUGCUGACGAUGAUAUCAGUGUAAUUGAGCCAGAUGUUUUUGAGGGUGACAGUUGUCAAACGAAAAGCUGUCCACAAUUAAAUGGUACUCUGGUAUCGGAUAAACAUAUCUUGUCCGUUAAAAAAUAUUCCAAUGAAAAUCGAAGUAAAAAAAGAAAGCGUUUUUAUUCUGUUUUAGAUGAAUAUCUCAAGUUGUGAUCCAGUUUGUAAAUGUAGUCUCUGUUAGAGGGUCAUCUUCGGUAUCCCCAGUGGUAUCAUUCUUCGUCACUAACCUUUUGCUCCAUCCACAGGGUUUACAUGAAUUCAUAAUAUCUACCCUUGAUUGCAGUUUUAUUCUACAAACCAAUCAGAAAACAGUUUACAUACCAGUCUUGGGGUCUGUGUUUACGUUCACCACAAUUAGUUGGAAUAUAAUGUGAGUUACUUCCCUUCGCCCACUCGAUUGGUUGAUAAAAUUAGGAGAAGUAUCAAGGGUGGAUACAUUGUAAUUUGACCAUGUGUCUCCCCCGUGGAUGGACCUAGAGGUUAGUGGAGUAGAAUGGACACGAUAUCACUGGGGAUACCAAGAAUGCUGUCAUGGGUGACUUAUUUACAGGCUUGAUGUCAACCCAGGAUAAAAAGAAGACAUCAUUAUUUGGUGAUUGGUGGGGAGUAGGGUGGCGGUAUGGUUAGACUGCGCGGUAUGGUUAGACUGCGCGUGUUGUAUCAGAAGGUCUGUCAUUGAGUCAACUGGCAUUGUUUCAAUUAGCACUAGGGUCGCCAGUCCAACCUCGUGGGUUUUUUCUAGGUCCUCCAGUUUCCUCCCACUGCUAAAGACCCCUAUGCGCAAGCGAAUUAUGGAAAUAAAAUUGAACCAUGUGUUAGUCCCGAAAUGACCUAGUUUGUGUCAAGUGGACGUUAAACCCCAUUUCUCUCUCUAUCUUUCUAUUUGUUGAUUUGUUUACCUUUUAAAAACAAUUAUGAUGAUAUAUUUCCGAUUUCUGUAUAGGAUGUUAUGAUUUGCUUAAAAAUGACUUGAGAAACUUUUGAUGAUUUAUUGAUUUGUAUAGAGCUCAUGAAUUAAAUAAAAAAAAAAAAAACAUCAACCAAUUCAUC